AUGGCGGCCUUCUUCCCCAAUCUCAACUCUGAUGCUGGAUUGAAGAAGCUCGACGAGCAUCUUCUCAAUCACUAUUACAUUUCAAGUCACGAGGCUUCAAAGGAUGAUGCCACUGUCUAUGAGGCGCUUACAAAGCCUCCACCUCCGCAGUAUGUGAAUGCAUCUCGUUGGUACAACCACAUUGAGACCCUCUUGAGUAUCUCAGGCAUCCCUUGUGUCACUAUCCCAGAGGAGGAUGAUAGUGAUGAUGAUGAAAACGAUGAACUUACCCCAGAGGAGGUUGAUAGUGAUGAUGAUGAAGACGAUGACCUUAUCAUGGAGGAGGCUGAAGAGAGAGCAGCUUUUCGGAAAUCAUCCAGAAAGAAGGAAAAAUCUUGGGAGUCUGGGGUGAUAGUUAUCAUACCGAAUGAGGCUGAGACCAACAUGAAGAUGCUGGAGAAAAAGAUAAGAUCCAUUAAAAUGAAACGACUGAUUUGGGGACCAUCGAAACUUGUACCAAUUGGUUAUGGACUGGAGCUGUUGCGGAUCAUAGCCACCGCCCCCGAAGAGGAAUUCGAUGAGAAAAUAGACGACCUUGCCGAUCAUAUAUUGAACUUUGGGGAUUUCCGCAUUGCUACUAAUGGCGUGAGGGAAUCUCUACUUCUUCUCAAGCCGAACGAGGACGAGGCCGACAUGCAGAAGCUAGAGGAAGCUGUGAGAUCCAUUCAGGCUUCAGGAUUCUUUUGGGGAGAAUCAAGACUUUACUCGGAGGGUUGUGGAAGCAUGUUGCUGGGAAUAGAGUGCACUGCCGUUGGAUGCCUUUUUCGUUCUGGACACACUGUGCGUUUCGAAGAGAUUGUCAGAGAGGAAGUAAUAGGUCAUCGCUAUGUCCAGAGGCAGAGCUGUCGAACUCGCGACUUGAAUAGAUUAUGGAGUGGUAUCACAUCAGAAGAGGAAAGUGAUCCUAAUGGUGACCUUUUGGGGGAAGAGAGAGCAUCGUCUAUGAGGAAAGAAUCAGGGAAGUCAGGUUUAUUGCUAGUUGCGCUGUCUCCGUCCUACCCCGACAUAAAGAAGCUUGACGAAUCUCUCAGAUCCAUUCAGAGGGAAGGGUUGGUUUGGGAAAAUUCAAAGACUGUCGAUGCUGGUUAUGGAAUCACGUACUUGGGGAUCGGUUUCACCAAUGUUGGCGACCAGGCUUCUCUCAACACUGCUAUCAAAAAAUUUGACGGUGUUGUUAUCCCCUUGACCCAUAAUAUGUAG